CCCUGCCCCCCCCUUGCCCUGCCGCUGCCCUGCCCUGCUGCCGCCGCCUGUCGCCGUCGCCGGUCGCCGCCGUCGCCUCCGUCAAGGCCAAUCCUGCCGUCUCACCGCUCCUGCCACCGCACGGUUCCGCCGUCAACUCCUACGGUACCAUGUCUCAUCGUAGAGGAUUGUUGGGGUUUGGUAGUCGGUCUUCUGGGCCUGAGGCACAGUCCUCCUCAGGCUCUGGGCCGUAUAUUUCUGCUACUCCAGAGUCUGGUUCCCCUCCACAGAGCGCUGCUGCAUCUGGGUCUAGAAGGCCCAAAGGCAAAUCAGUGGCGCAGAUUAGGGCUGAGUGUGUUAGGCGCGACGGGAGGAUCCUCUUUCAGAGGAAUACUGUUGGUAAGUUGAUCGAGCCCCCGGGGAUCUCCACCUGCUGCACGAACUCGUUUAAGAGGAUUCCGAACCCAGGCGGGUACACGUGGAAGUUAACUCCGCCAACGGUGCAGGACUUGUAUUUUGAGGAAUUCAAGAAAGAGUUUACUUGGAACCCUGAGGAUGAGGCUGAUGUGAAAAAAAUGUGGUUAGACAAGGCCCGCAAAAGGUACAGUGACAACAUGAGCGAGUAUAAGAGACUGCUCAAGCAGAAGACCGAGGCAGGGGAGAUGAUGGAGACACCGCUGGGCAUGUCCGACACCUUUUGGACGGGACUCAAGGCAUACUGGGAUCAAGAUGAGGUUAAGGCCGUUUCUAGGCGCGCACGUGAGAACCGAUACUCUGAGCCAGAUGGAGUUGGUACAGGGAUCAAUCGGCACGUUGGAGGGUCUCAGUCGAGUCGUAUUCUGUAGCAGAGUCUGCUCGUGGAUGGUGAAGUCCCCCCAACUGCAUCUAACUACAGCACUUUCCUCCGCCUACACAUGUACGCAGAUGGAACUUUUGUGUCAGAAAAGGAUGCCAACCUUG